AUGAAAUUGCUGACGAACAAUAUUCGACAACUGUUGGGAUCCGGGCAUCCGAUGCUCGAUAACGUCGCGAAAUACUACACGCAAUCAGAAGGCAAAUACGUGCGGCCGAUGCUCGUCCUCCUCAUGGCUCGCGCCACGGCACUCUGUCCACGAACCUCCUCCAUCAACCCCACCGAAUCCACAGUCAACGUCCCCAUAUCUCCCUCCAGCAUCCUCUCCGAUACCAACCCAUCCGCUCCUCCCUACAGUACCUCCACUGCUUUUUCCUCCACCCCAGACGCAGAAUGGCCCGCAGAGUGGUCCGAUGUACUCCCGUCACAGCGUCGGCUCGCCGAGAUCACGGAGCUGAUCCAUACCGCUUCAUUGUUACACGACGACGUGAUCGACCGCUCCGUGUCCCGCCGAGGGGCGGCGAGCGCGAACUUGGAGUUUGGCAACAAGAUGGCAGUCCUGGCCGGCGACUUUUUGCUCGGCCGCGCAUCCGUCGCAUUGGCUCGAUUGCGCGAUCCAGAAGUCACGGAACUCCUGGCGACGGUCAUCGCGAAUUUGGUGGAGGGCGAAUUCAUGCAGCUAAAGAACACGUCCAAGGAUGAGAGCUACCCGGUGUGGUCGGAGGACGCGUUGACCUACUACUUGCAAAAGACAUACUUGAAAUCGGCGAGCUUGAUCAGCAAGUCAUGCCGCGCGGCUGCGUUGCUGGGACGAUCGGCUCCGGAGGUCGUCGAAGCCUCAUAUUCGUAUGGUAAGAAUCUAGGCUUGGCGUUCCAGUUGGUUGAUGACAUGCUCGACUAUACGGUGAAUGCGCAAGAGCUAGGGAAGCCUGCUGGUGCUGAUUUAGAGUUGGGUCUGGCGACCGCACCGCUACUGUUCGCAUGGAAGGACAACAGCGCCCUAGGCGCAUUAAUCGGACGAAAGUUCUCAAAAGAGGGAGACGUCGAGGCCGCACGCCAGAUGGUGGCAAGUAGUAGCGGACUCGAGCAGACUCGCGCACUUGCGCAGUCUUAUGUCGACCAAGCAAUUGAUGCGAUCAGCAUCUUCCCGGAAAGCGAAGCGAAGCAAGGCUUAAUCAACAUGUGCAAAAAAGUUCUGGAACGACGAAAAUAG